AUGAAUGGUCAAAACGUGUACAAUAACUCUUCACAGGGCGGAUCUGUGAAUAAUAAUCUUUUGCAACAUACGUUACAAACCACGCGAAUGCAGUAUUAUCCGAUACCUCAGAUGAAUCAACCCAACCAAUACGGUGUCCCCGCUAUGCAGCAUGCACCAAUGGGAAUGAGAUAUGGGACCCACCAUCCUUUCUAUCCGAAUCCGCACCAGUAUCAACAGAGCUGGUAUGGUUUUAAUCAAGCGCAACCGCCAUACGUGGAUGUUACAAAAUCAAGCAAGAUCAAUUAUGAUGAUGAGGAAGAAGAAGAAGAGGAAGAGGUGAUAGAGCACCAACAGUCAAAUUUAGAGGCAAACGACAAAAUCGAAGUACCCAAGAAGGGUCCUAUCAAAAAGUUCGCCAAUACCAAUUUGAGGAAUUCUGCUUUAGUUGAGAAUAAAAUAGCAAGUGAUGAAGAUGAUAAAAGGAAAGAAGAAGAAGAUGAAGAAGAAGAAGAAGCUUCUGCUGAUGAAGAUAUCAUAGAAACCGUCAAAGGAUCAGAUCUGUAUAUACCUGGAACUUCAAUAGUGCUUAAAACGGAGGAGGAUAUCGCAAAAUGGAAAGAAGAGAGAAGGAAGAUGUGGUUAAUAAAGAUUUCAAAUAAGAAAGAAAUGUACAGAGAAAAGUUUAACGUCAAGGACGAAGACUUGAAUCGUAAUCCUCUCCAGGAGUCUAGAAAGGAGCGCUAUUUUAUUCAAAAUAUACAAAACCAAGUUAAAAGGUUUAAUUAUAAACCAAACUUGACGAUAGGUCUUCAUCAGAGAAUCUUAAAAGAGGAAAACGGUAAGAUCUUGGAUUUCAUCAAAGAACUUGGUGAUGCCAAUUAUCUCAAAUAUGAACUUACAGAAGAAGAAAAAGAGGUGCUCUUUGGAGGCAAAGAUCACAAGAAUGACCAGAAUAGACGCUCCAAUAGGAGGUAUGAUAGGCAACUCAAUCAACGUGAUACUCAAUACCGAAACCAUUCAAGGAAAAGACCGAUUGAUGAGGUUUGA